CUAUUCCAUAAUGAGGACAUCAUUAGAGAAACAGUGGUGAUCGAGAGAGGGUUGACAUUCUGUGUGCUAGUGUUUUGGUAGAUUUAAGAGAUUUGUAAACACUGUAAGUUAAAGAGGUGAUACGUAACAGACGGCGCGGUCUAUUAGCGCAGAGUAAUUCCGGAAUUUAUACUUCAGGCUGAGCUUGAGAUGCCAAAUAUAGGAUCAUGGUUUGGUAGGAUAUUGUUGUUUUUGGCCGGCCUGUUCGUGUGUUUGCUCUCUCCGACAUGUAGCAAGGACGUGAGUACGAACCACUGGCUUGUGGAGCUCCGAGACGAUGUGGGACCGGAAACUGCCAUGGAGGUGGCAAAAAGGACUGGAUUCACCUUCGUAGCACCGAUGCUGGGAUCUCCUCGGGAAUUCCAUUUUAUACACAAUGCUGUGCCAAACGUUCGGAUGAGAAGGAGUGUGCUCCACACACGGCUACUGAAAGCACACCCUUUGGUGAAGAGAGCGGUACAACAACUUGGAUAUGUACGAGCCAAGCGGGGCUUCAAACCCUUGAAGGGUGUGCCUGUAUCUGAUAUCAAACUGACAGCCCCGGAUAUAGAACAUUUCUUACUCAAUCACGAUCUCACAGCGCAGGAUAUUCAGCAAGAUGGAAAAUCGGCGCAUACACCCAACGAUCCUUUGUUUGCGAAAGAAUGGUACCUGAAAAACACGGGCCAAUCCGGGGGCAUUCUGGGCCUGGACUUGAAUGUGGAAGCGGCGUGGGCCAUGGGCUACACGGGGAAGAAAAUCACCACCGCCAUUAUGGACGACGGUAUUGAUUAUCUGCACGAGGACCUGAAACACAAUUACAACGCCCAAGCCAGUUACGACUUCAGCAGUAACGACCCUUACCCGUAUCCACGCUACACCGACACGUGGUUCAACAGUCACGGGACGCGCUGUGCCGGAGAGGUGUCCGCUGCUAGGGACAACAAGGUCUGUGGUGUUGGCGUGGCGUAUGACUCUAAGGUUGCAGGACUACGGAUGCUCGACCAGCCGUUUAUGACGGAUUUAAUCGAAGCAAACGCCAUGGGACACAUGCCCAACGAUAUCGACAUCUACAGCGCCUCCUGGGGACCGACUGAUGACGGCAAGACAGUAGACGGGCCCCGCAAUAUGACCAUGAGGGCAAUCGUUCAUGGCGUCAACGAGGGACGCCGAGGUCUAGGGAAUAUUUACGUCUGGGCUUCAGGUGACGGCGGCGCGGAUGACGACUGUAACUGUGACGGUUACGCAGCUAGCAUGUGGACUAUUUCUAUCAACUCCGCGACCAAUGAUGGACAAACGGCUGGGUACGACGAAUCCUGUUCCUCCACACUCGCCUCGACAUUCAGUAACGGCAAGAGCACUCUUCGUGACGCCGGAGUGGCUACAACUGAUCUGUACAACAACUGCACCACCACCCACUCGGGAACUUCCGCUGCGGCACCGGAAGCUGCAGGUGUCUUCGCUCUAGCUUUGGAGGCAAAUCGCAACCUGACCUGGAGAGACAUGCAGCACCUAACCGUCCUCACCUCCAAACGAAACAAGUUAUUCGACCCCUACCAGAAGCAUCACUGGAAAUAUAAUGGCGCUGGUUUACUGUUUAACCAUCUAUUCGGAUACGGAGUUCUGGACGCUGCAGCCAUGGUGGACCUGGCUAGACAAUGGAAACCUCUCCCCGAACGAUUCCACUGCACAGGGGGCAGUGUCACCAAUGAUAUGAAGUUUGCCACCAACCAGCCGAUCCAGAUGCACAUCGACACGGACGCAUGUCACGGAAGUGAUAAUGAGAUCAAUUACCUGGAGCACGUGCAGGCAUUCGUAACUCUAAAGUCUACUUACAGAGGAAAUGUCGUAAUCUUUAUUACGUCACCAACGAACACUACCUCGAUGAUCCUGAGCCAAAGGCCUAACGAUGAUGAUCACAAGAAUGGUUUCACUCGUUGGCCUUUCAUGACUACCCAUACUUGGGCUGAGAACCCUCACGGACGCUGGAAGCUCGAGAUCACACUAGUACCCGGCAAAAACACCAACGUCGACACAGGAACGUUCUUCGAGUGGACCCUAAUUUUCCAUGGAACUCGCACCGCCCCUUACAAAAACCAGGUGGCUGACGAGAUGAACCACGGAAAGCUGUUCAAGGUGAAGAGAAUUCAUCAGGAGAAAGCCUGAGAAACACAGAACCAAAUUCAAAAUUUAAUCGCUGAAUUCUGACAUUAAUUUUUCCUGAUUUUAAACAUAUUCACUUUUAGAAUUGCAACUAUCGAAAAGCAUAAAAAAGAAUAUUCUUAAAUUUAUUUAAUAUUUUGGACUUACGAAAUUAUUACGAAUUAUAAAGUAUUUGCAUUGACAUUUUUUAUUAGGUGAAAGAAAACGGUAAUUUUGAACCGAUAAAUUAUAUACUGAUUAGUUUACCAAAUUAUGUAUAAGAUUUGUUAAAGAAGCUUACAAAUAUCAACAAUUUACAUUCACCAAGCAUUUAUUGCUGCUCGAAGCAAAUAGAACGGAUAUAUAUAUAUUUUUAUAUGAAAUGGCAAAGUAUGCAAUUAUUUUGGAUGUUAUAUUUAAAAAGACUGAAUCGCUUCGAGAACCAAUAUAUGCUUAGUGACGUCUUAAAUGACAUGAUAAGGAUAUGCAUUCCGGUAUGAAAUUUCCGUUGUAUAAUCUAUCGAUGGAAAAUGAUUGGAAUCGCAUCAAAGAAUGCCUGCCAGUCGCACAGUUUACAUAAUAAAGAUGUCUGGACGUCGACUGGGUUCCGUUUAGACUUCUACCGAUACACAUGUAUCAUACCGACGAAAGCUAAAAUAAGUAAUCUGUAAUAGUCUUCCAUAUCACCGAAGUCUAACUCCCUAAGUGUCGCAUAGUGGAUAAAUGGGCAUACUUAUGAUUGGGUGGGUUCUGUAGAUAACUGGGCAUACAUAUUAUAGGGCGGGUUCUGUGUUUCGGUAGAAUUCUAUUACUGUUGUGGACAGGCUGAUAGCCAAUCCAUGUAACAUUGCUAUAUCUAACGUUUGGUGUACUCGAUGUACUUCCGUAGUCGUUAUUUGGACUAUUCGGUACACUACGGUAGUUAUCAUUAAGUCUCCUCGGAACAUUGUCUGUUGUGACCCCGUCUGUUCAACUUCCAUACUGUCUGUCGCAGUUUCUCAUUGCAAACUUUUCAUAAAUUAAACAUUUUCGUUGAAGCUGUUACAACACAUAUUGCCAGCAUUGAUCACGAGUUUUCUUAACAAGACAUUGUUCUCAGUUGUAACCCACUGUUGGUAUAGCCAUAUCUUACACUUGCGACAUGAGUAUGUGUGACAGAACACGGGGCUGCAACCAGACAUAAAAUGAUCAGGAGUUGUCUGUUCUUGAUGUACUGGAGUUUAGCACAACUAAGAACUCUAAAUCCAUAUCAGUGCAUUCAGGUUUGUGCAUUGAAGUUGCGAUUUGCAAUUGCACUAUCAGCUCUGUGACAGACGAAUUGUAUCACAGAUGUUUUCCCCAUCGGAAAGAUAUGUAAAAUGACAUGACAUCUAUACCCCUAAUCACCACUUGUUUAGGAAGACUGUAGACUGUCAAGAAAUCUAAUGUCAACGCUUACAUCUGUGUUAAUGACAAUACUUUACAGAAGACCAGGGUCCUUGUAAAACGUAACGUUAUUGCUAUAGGUAACGGACCACUGCUUUCUCAGUGAGAUUUACUAUUUAAGAUAAAGGAGAGAACAUACUGAAAAAACACAACAUCAUACAAUGUUCGUCAAACAUUGUUCGCAGCUCUUUAAAUCCAUAGUCCCGGAACCAUUGCUGGGACAUUUAAAUUAUAGUCCCGAAUACCAUUACUAGGACAUAUAAAUCCACAGUCCCGUACAGCAUUGCUGGGACAAUUCAGUCCCGUAUAACAUUACUGGGACAUUAGUCCCGUAUAACAUUACUGGGACUUUAGGUCCCGUAUAACAUUACUGGGACAUUUGGUCCCGUAUAACAUUACUGGGACAUUAGGUCCCGUAUAACAUUACUGGGACAUUUAAAUCUCGUAUAACAUUACUGGGACAUUAGGUCCCGUAUAACAUAAAUGUGACAUUUAAGUCCACAGUCCCGUAUAACAUUACUGGGACAUUAGGUCCCGUAUAACAUUACUGGGACAUUUAAAUCUCGUAUAACAUUACUGGGAAAUUAGUCCCGUAUAACAUUACUGGGACAUUAGUCCCGUAUAAUAUUACUGGGACAUAAGUCCCGUAUAAUAUUACUGGGACAUUAGUCCCGUAUAACAUUACUGGGACAUUAGUCCCGUAUAAUAUUACUGGGACAUUAGUCCCGUAUAAUAUUACUGGGACAUUAGUCCCGUAUAACAUUACUGGGACAUUUAAAUCUCGUAUAACAUUACUGGGAUAUUAGUCCCGUAUAACAUUACUGGGACAUUAGUCCCGUAUAACAUUACUGGGACAUUAGUCCCGUAUAACAUUACUGGGACAUUAGUCCCGUAUAACAUUACUGGGACAUUUAAAUCUCGUAUAACAUUACUGGGACAUUAGUCCCGUAUAACAAUACUGGGACAUUUAAAUCUCGUAUAACAUUACUGGGAAAUUAGUCCCGUAUAACAUUACUGGGACAUUAGUCCCGUAUAACAUUACUGGGACAUUAGUCCCGUAUAACAUUACUGGGACAUUUGGUCCCGUAUAAUAUUACUGGGACAUUAGUCCCGUAUAACAAUACUGGGACAUUUAAAUCUCGUAUAACAUUACUGGGAAAUUAGUCCCGUAUAACAUUACUGGGACAUUAGUCCCGUAUAACAUUACUGGGACAUUAGUCCCGUAUAACAUUACUGGGACAUUAGUCCCGUAUAACAUUACUGGGACAUUUAAAUCUCGUAUAACAUUACUGGGACAUUUAAAUCUCGUAUAAUAUUACUGGGACAUUAGUCCCGUAUAACAUUACUGGGACAUUAGUCCCGUAUAACAUUACUGGGACAUUUAAAUCUCGUAUAACAUUACUGGGACAUUUAAAUCUCGUAUAACAUUACUGGGACAUUUAAAUCUCGUAUAACAUUACUGGGACAUUUAAAUCUCGUAUAACAUUACUGGGACAUUAGUCCCGUAUAACAUUACUGGGACAUUUAAAUCUCGUAUAACAUUACUGGGACAUUUAAAUCUCGUAUAACAUUACUGGGACAUUUGGUCCCGUAUAACAUUACUGGGACAUUUAAAUCUCGUAUAACAUUACUGGGACAUUUAAAUCUCGUAUAACAUUACUGGGACAUUUAAAUCUCGUAUAACAUUACUGGGACAUUUGGUUUCACGAAGUAGAGUUAGCUCCCUUAUAUAACACCUUUAUAGGGACAAGCUUGAGAGAGGAGAAUUAAGUCCUAUAUCUGAUUGUACUUUUCUCCUAUGACAUGAGUUAAAUCCUCUUUUGAUAACCUUUUAAUGACAUGAUUAGCUCUACGAAGAGUUCCCUAUCUGACCUUGACUUCCCUGAAGGUCAAAUAAGAAGUGAAAAGAAUUAUAACGAGGAAAUCAUUGGUUGUCUUAAUUAGUCCAUCGUCGUUAUCAUCAAAUUCAUCCAUAUCAUUUCUUAACACAAUACCCUGAGGGGAUGUGUACUUGAACUUAUAAUUAAAUCUGGUUUCGGUAAUAUAAAUUUUUCCCCAAAAUUUAGUGAGCAACAAUAUUAUAUGUAAAGUUGAUAAUCGGGAAUUUCAUAGAAAUCCUAGAACAGGUUUGGUUUUCAUUCCAAUUGAACUUCAGUGAAAUAUUUGGCUCUAGCCUAAAAAUAUGUUUCAAAACACAUAUAUUUGUUUAGAAGAGAGGUUCUCACCAAUAUAGAAUGUGAUAUCCUAUUCAUUCAUUGUCGAUAUAUUGUUUUUCCGUUGUUCUAUUUUGUGAUGAAAAUUAAGAGUUUUAUAUUUACACGGCUAUAAUGCAAUUAUCGGAGUAAAUGAGGUCAGCGCGAGAUGAAGCGUGGUUUAAAGCCACGUGGAAAAAUAUUGGCACCAGGUUUUUGAUUUUGAUGACCGAAAUAUCCUUCCAGUUGUGUUUGGACUAACCAAAAGAGAAUCUUUGGUGAAAGCCAAACAACACAGAUGACGAAGUGGGGUUUGUCCAAACACCGUGAGACGGCUAUUUCAGACUUCUGCAGACACAAGCACGAUAAAAGUAUUGUAAUACCGAGUGUUUGUCGAUCCAAGGCCUGAAACAUGUUUAUUCUUGAAGUUUAAUGGUACUGAACAUUCUAUCUUUAAAAUAAUCCUGACAGAUUCGUUCACUGUGUAAAAUACACAGUGUUUGAAAUUUUGCCAGAAACUUUUCAAUAUAUCGACUGAGACCAAACGGCGCAUUGUGGGGGAGAUUCCCGAGAUGCAUCUGUAAUAACCCUGAAGGCCAUCUUGUUUGUAUUAUAGCCGUGUAAAGCAGUGCGUUAUCGUAUAUAGUGUUGAACUGGGAUUCAGAAAUGGCUGCAUAAGGCCGGGCCAAUUUAUUGUAUAGUUUUAUCAGGCCGGGCCCAUAUUCUGUAUGGUUUCAUCAGGCCAGGCCCAUAUUCUGUAUGGUUUCAUCAGGCCGGGCCAAUAUUCUGAAUGGUGUCAUCAGGCCGGGCCAAUAUUCUGAAUGGUGUCAUCAGGCCGGGCCAAUAUUCUGAAUGGUGUCAUCAGGCCGGGCAAAUAUUCUGAAUGGUGUCAUCAGGCCGGGCCAAUAUUCUGAAUGGUGUCAUCAGGCCGGGCAAAUAUUCUGAAUGGUGUCAUCAGGCCGGGCCAAUAUUCUGAAUGGUGUCAUCAGGCCGGGCCAAUAUUCUGAAUUGUUUCAUAAGGCCGAACAAAGAAUGGUCCUUUUAAAUCAUAUUUUUGAAAUUUGUAUAAACGCCGAAGUAGCAACGUUUGAUUGUAAUUAAAGAUUUAAUAAGCUUAAACUGAAUUUAUUAUCAAUUAUAUACUUAUUAAACUUAUAUAUAUAUGUGUUUACAGUAAUUUGUUAACAGAUUUUUUCUAACUGCAAUAUUGGUAUGUUGAUCCAAAUCAGCCAUUCUUAAUUUAACCGAUAGAGUGGAGGAAGCUUAAGUGAUGAAGAAUGCGCAAAUAUUAAAGAAGUAUAUUUUGUUGAUUAAUUUGAGAAUAUCCCAACUGUUGUAAUGUUAUGUUGCAAAUAAAAUUCGGCCAAAGUGUCA